AUGUACCUGCUUAAGUCUGAGGGCAGUGACCAGCUGAUCCAGGCCUGGUGUGAACAUGGCCUAGACAACGGAGGCUGGACUGUGCUACAGAGGAGGAAGGACGGAUCCGUCAACUUCUUCAGGAACUGGGAGAAUUACAAGGUACUAUAGCGCAGAGGAUAACGCACACUGACACACACACACUCCGAACAUAAACAUCUGGAUAUGUAUGUAUAUUGUUAAGCACUGAGCCAUUGGAGCUAAGUCCAGCCCUCUCCCUCUGACCUCUAACCAGAAGCCACUCAGCUGUGACCCCAGCAGGGACAUGGAGGGAGGGGCUGAUGUAGGUGGCUCCAUGUUCCCCUUAUCACCCCUCAUAACCAUAACCAAGCCCAUAACCAAGCCCACUCCGCCACCACAUUCUGAGGCUGCUAACACACACUCCAUCACUCUGGAGAAAGCCCUGGCACGGAGCCACACAUGCGCACGCGCACACGCACACAACCAUUAUGCCCCCAUGGGCAGGCAAGGAAAUCAGACUCCUUCCCUCCUCGCUCUCUCUCCCUCCAUCCCUCCUGCUUUUCUCUCGGCAUCAUCACUGAGAUCUUAUCUGGACCCAACACACCCAGCAGUGUGUGUGACUGUGUGUGUGUGUGUGUGUGUGUGUGUGUAGCCCCCAUAGUCGUUCUCCCCUGCCACAGCCAGUAAUUCACCUUGACUGGGAAGGCAGAACUUUGACACAUUAUCGUCUCCAACAGGGAACCGAUUCAAUUCUCUUCCAUUGAUUCUGAAGGUCUGGUUUCCUUUAACACAAUGAUGUGGCAUGUAAUCAUAUUACUGGAGUCUACCCUCUGUGAUUUACCCUCUCUUUGUCCUCUGAGCGUGACUAUUUAGACUGUCUGCAGACAGAGGUGUGGUCCCUUCUGCUCCUGACUAGAAACAGUGCUGUUAGUUAGGCUAGUUGGUGGGUGAAAGCAGCAUUGCAAAAGCUUUAGCUGGGACACUACACGACUCACAGUCCUGUAACCGUUUAUUAGAAACCCUUGGAGCCUGGAAAUCAUCUAUAUUAUAACCUGCUCUGUGUGUGUGUGUGUGUGUGUGUGUGUGUGUGUGUGUCUCCCCCUACAGAAAGGCUUUGGGAACAUUGACAGUGAGUACUGGCUGGGUCUGGAGAACAUCUAUAACCUAGGGAAGCAGGGGGACUACAGGUUGCUGGUAGAGCUGGAGGACUGGGUGGGGAAGAAGGUGUAUGCUGAGUACAGCAGCUUCCACCUGGAGCCUGAGAGUGAGGGCUACCGCCUGAGACUGGGCACCUACCAGGGAAACGCUGGAGACUCCCUCAGCAGCCACAACGGGAAAAUGUUCACCACGCUGGACAGGGACAAGGACGCUUUCUCAGGUAAAGUGUGUCAAAAUAGGGAUGUACGCUAGAAUACAAGUACAACACUGUACUUGUAUGCUAACCCACUGCUAUGCUACAAUACUAGUCUCCCAAGAAUACCGUUUCACAAGCCUUCUUUGUACUGUGAUCCAUCUCUAACAUCCCUGCUCAAGUGAUAGCUAGCACUAGAAUAUGCUGUACCACUAAGCCCCCUUCUCUCCUCCUCUCCCCUCCCUAGGUAACUGUGCCCACUUCCAUAAGGGUGGCUGGUGGUACAAUGCCUGUGGCCAGACCAACCUAAACGGUGUAUGGUACAGCGGAGGGGUUUACCGUAGUAAGUUCCAGGAUGGAAUCUUCUGGGCCGAGUACGGAGGAGGGUUCUACUCCCUGAAGUCCGUCCGCAUGAUGAUCCGACCUAUCGACUGA